GGGAGGACGCAGCACAACCGGGGUAGCAAAGCGAGGGUGCCGGUUCCGCGUCUCCGGGUCCCAGAUCCGAAAGGCAGCCCCAGAGGGAAGGGGAGAAAGUGCCCCUCCCCUGAAAGUCGCUUGCCUCGAUUUCUUCUGUUUCAGAAGACUUAACACGUGGGACAAGCUCGCCAACCCAUGAAUACAUUUUGCGCCUUCUGUGCAAACCCCCCCCCCCCAUUUCUUUUUCCUGUGUCGCCGCUUGGGGCCGAGACCUGUUGGUCGCAGUGGGGCUGCUCAGGCCUGGAGACCGGCAGACGUCCCUAGUCUGAGCUCGUCCCGAGGGCGAAGAAAGGGUUGGCGUCUUGUCCUGGCUUCUGGUCUUGUCCUCGUUAAGAAGCCUUCCAGACUGAGGCUCCAUGAUCAUUCUGGCCGGCGUGGAGUCCCGCCCCCGAUCUCCUCGGCUUGCCUAAAAACGCCUGGGAUGCUUGCAAGCAGCCUAGACAGGAAGGAGAGGCCUUCCCUGCCUGGCAAGAGGCGCCAGCCUGCCUCCAGCCGCGGUGGCUGCAUUCCACUCCAGGACCUGGGCAGGAAGGAUAAGGGGGCGUGUGGCACCUGAUCCAUCCCCCCCCCCCCCGCCACAAUCCCAGGCUAAGGAGGAGAGGAGAAUGUGGCCAGGAUGGAGAGUGGGGCUGGACAAGAGCGGCUGUGACCUGGGCUUCACAGAAGCCAUCAACAAGAGGAUGCAGGUUCCCAGCCGGCUGAAAGUGGCUGAUGAAGAGUCCAGUUCCUCGGGAGGCCCCCAGAGGAACCUGCUGGAUGAGCUCCCUCCCUCCUUCCAGAUGCAUGUCCCAGACAGGCUCUUGCUGGCAGAAAUGGCAGAUGUUGCGUUCAGGCCCUUCUUGCGGCAGCAAGGCCCAGCAGGGACUCUGAACCCUCUUCUGGAACCUGCCGUGAGAGAUGGAGAGCAUCCCUUCCUGAGCUUCGCCUCCAGAGCUGGAUCCCAGAAACGCCGACGCACGCAGGCCCAUCAGGGCAGAGCCCGGAAGGAGAGAAGCUCAAUGGAGGAGCCUCUGCUGUCCCCAGGUGGUGUAAGAAGGCUGGAGCCAGGCCCUCCCCCUGCCGCCCUGUUUCCUCCAUUCCCUGUGGAAGGCAGGAUCUACUCCUUGCAGAACGUCCUUCAGGCGCUCCACUUCCUGGGCCUCCAGCUCUUCCAGCUGUUUGGGAAGCCUGCCCAUGCCCGGCUCAGUUCUCAGGAGGCUAGCCUGACCUUGGAGGAGGGUCCCCUGGAGGAGUUUGGCUCAGCAGAUAUUCUGGCAAUGAAGAAACAGCUGGCCAGGAUCUCCGGGCGGCUCCGGAGCCUAGAGGAGCAGUGCGUGGGCUGGCGUCAGAAGGAGCUGCUGGCCUACUCUGUGCUGGUCUCUGUCUGUCUCCUCAACGUGUGGCUUUGGCUCAGGAGAUGAGGAAGCCCCCUGCCCCCCCCCAACUGGAAGGAGGAUGGGGGCCCCUAGCCAGCACCUCCUUUGUGCUUCGUAGCUUUCACAGGCCUCCUGCCUAGAUGCCCUGGGGGGGUCAGGGGUAGUGGCCAUGCCGGAGGAGGUGGGAAGGGGGUGGCCUGAAGCUUCCCACAGCGGCUUGAGGGGAAGGCCGCUGAGUUUGGCGGGAGCCGGACUGGCAGCGGCCAGCAGGGCUAGGGAUCCUCUGGGGGGGGGCCACAGGCCCCGGGGUGGCUGCUGCGGCUUCCUCUCCAGACAGGGCUCUUCUUUCUUCCCUUUGCAUGUGUGCGUCUCCUCAUAUUUCUGAGGAAUGCAACACACACCACUCUAGGGAAGAGCCUCGGGCCUCUUGGACUGGCAACUCCAGCUAGGUUGAGGGUUUUGUACUGGGACAACUGGACUCUGCACUGCCCUGGGAGGGAGAGAGAGAGAUGGCUUCCCUUUCCCCAGUGCUAGCGGGUGUCACCAGGGGUGGUGACUGCAGUAUUGAGAGGGAGAAGUUCCGGUCUCUGACCCCUGGGCUCAAAGCAAACUAUCAUGUGUCAGGAGCAGAAAUGGACCCGAGGUUUCUGGGUAGGGUGUCGCCCUAGUGAUUUGCGAGGUGGCUCAUGGGCUGCCGUGUCUUGUCAGCUUCUGCGAGGAGGGUGGGGUGGGGGGUCAGACUGAGCCUAGCAGCCCCUUGAAGUACCCCCCAGGGCCCGGCCCUGCCCUGGGGUGGAGAGCCUGUGACUCUGGGCUGUGUGUGGGUCUUUAAUAAAACUUGAAUGUCCUGAAACCUGAGUGGAUGUCUGGUACG